AUGAAAGGGGGUGUAAAUUGGCAUUUCAGAAACUUAAUAAUUGUAUAUUUAAUAACAUUCAUGUCAAUUGAUUAUUCUAUGUUAGUGGACCUGACUUUUAUUUGUGCUCGUGAUGUUCCUUGUUUUGAUUCAAUGAGUUCAAAUCCAUAUAUCAAAUUUUAUAUUAACAAAACUUCUUACGAAACGCGCUGUAAAAUGAUGACGACUGAACCCGACUAUAAUUACACUCAAAGAGUGACUCUCAUACCUUCAAAAACAGUCACAUUUCAAUUCUACACUUGGCAUUUAUUAACGUCCAAUGAUAUGUUAGGGUGUGCUAAGUGGGAAGUACCACCUUUAAUGAAUGACGAAUUCCGUUAUUAUUUACUUCAAAUAAAUCCACGUGGGUAUUUGCUGUUUAGUGCGAAAUGCAUUUCUCGUGGGAUUUCGUCGUUACAAAUUUUACAGCAAAUUUCCCCCGAGAGAAAAACGCUUUUGCAGAUCAAAGUGAAACCAAUUGUCGGGCUCGAGCGAGCUAUUUCACAGGAAUUUGGACUCAACAAGUUUAUUGCAAGAAUUGGUAACAACAUGAAAAUAGCGGUGCGAAGUGAGUCGAUGCGAGCGAGGACUGGGGUGACGAAGUUAGUGUUAUUCAACUAUAUAAAAAACUGUCUUUCACAAUCGCAAACUUUAUAUGUCGAAGCGCGAGUCGGCGAGACGCUGAGUAUCUCUUUGCACUUGUUCGACAAGAUCAAGUCAGAGGGCGACGGGACACUCAUUGCGUCGACACAAUACGUCGUCCCCGAUUUUUACGAGAAUGAAAAGACGUCAGUUAAAAUCAGUGGAGACAGUGGAACCGGGUUUGACUUUGAAAUUCAGUGUUUGGAGAGUGUGUAUCAUCACGUGAGACCCGAAUUGAUACCACCUCUUAAUGACGUCUACUCUAACACCGAAUUUCCAUGCGAAAUUGAUAUUGAAAAAUUGAAAAAGUUUGAUGGGCUCAUGUGGAACACAAACUACUUGUUUCCAGCAGCAGAGAUUUGUUAUAAAGGAAAGGUGUAUAGUACGUCCUGGAUGUAUUCAGAAACCUUUGAUGAAACAAGUCAUUAUCCUGAUGGGUGGUUCCAAGGAUUUAUUAUUCCAAUUUGCGUUAAUACUGAAUUUGUUGUAAGAAUCAAAUUUAGAGAGAGAAAUAGUAUGGAGGAAAUCAUUUAUACUGAGAAGAAAAUGAUCUGGCCAGAAAUGGAAGAAAAUAAAAGCAGUAAAAAAAUUAGAGUCAUGUUGGAAGGCGAAAAAAAGCUGAUUUUGAGAAUGAAGAGAAUAAGAGAAGUGUCAUCAACUUUUAGAAGAAAAUUCAUUGAUAAAACAGAAGACCCUUUGUUGGAAAAUAGAGACAUGAAUACUGCAGUCGAAGAAGUGCCUCAAAUACAAGGUAGUGUGACGAAUAUAAAAGAACAACAAAUUAAAGGAUUUUCUCCUUUUAACUAA